AUGCCGCUCCCAAAACGCCUAGUGCAGCCGGUGUUCGUUGCACGGUCAGUGUACGUGCGCGAGGAGCUGCCGGCCGAGCUUGAGACGGUAACCAACACGACACUCACCAACAUCGUCCGUCAGUUGUCCUCACUCUCGAAACAUGCGGAGGAUCUGUUCGGCGAGCUGGCCCGUGAUGCGGGCGGUCUGGCCGAGCGAGCCAACUCGUUGCAGGCGCGUAUUGAUCGUCUCGCGAUAAAGGUCACCCAGCUGGACAGCACCGUGGAGGAGGUAUCGCUGCAAGACAUACAGAUGAAGAAGGCUUUCAAAAGUGCCACAAUGUUCGACCAGCAGAUCUUCUCCCGGGCGACGAUGCCGUCGGCAAUGCUGGAGGUGUAUAAGACUUGCGAUAAACCACCGCCACUGGAUAAGCUGAACUGUUACCGAGAUGACGGUAAAGAUGGUUUGAAGUUCUACACCGAUCCGAACUACUUCUUCGAGCUAUGGCGACAGGAGAUGCUGAAAGAUACGGAACGGGUUAUGCACGACCGUGGAAAGAAGGUCCACAAACCGAGAGCAGAGGGUGGCGCAGAUGGUGGUGGGCGACAGAAGAAGCGACCACGUGCCCCGCACAACACGCGCGAAAAGCAACGCCAGCGUGCCAUCGGCCAUGGCGAAACGCUGAUGCCAAAUAACGUCAUCUACCGCACGCCAAAUGCGAUCAUCGGUUCGCAGGAGGAGGCAAUCUACAACAGUGCUAUGGCGGGAGGUCCCGGCGGUAGCAUGAUCUACGAUUCACGUUCAUCGUCCGCGAUGGGCGGUAGUAGCAGCGGUGGUGCCGCACGGCCAAACUCCAUCGAGCUCCGGCGAAGCUAUCAGCAACCGCACGAGAUGGUUGACGGUGGUGGUUAUGCGCCACCGUCACCGGGCGGUGGUUACCACCUUCAGCAGAUGGCGUCCCAGCUACAGCAUCAGCAGGCCGGCGGUGUUUAUCAGCAACAGCAACCAAUAUACGACCAGUACGGUAAUCCAUCGAUUUACGGUUCCGGCGCGAACCAGAUGUCGCAGGAAAGUUUGUACGCACCCGGUACGCCUUCGCGGUCGAAAUCGCGCCCAUCACAGCCACCACCAGCCCCACCAUCAUCCGGCAGUGGCGGUGGCACACCGAAUGCCUCGAACGCGAACACACCGACGCGCAGCCGAAGCCUGUCGACCGGGCGCGAUAAUUUACCACCGCCACCACCGAUUCCGGAGGGUUUGCAAUCGCCACCGCACGGUAUGAGCAAUGGUGGCACGGGCGUUGCUGCUAAGAUGCUGUUGAUCCGAUCCGGUUCACGGGCAGGAUCGCCGCAGCUGGGCAUGACCGGUUCGCAGCAGCAGCAACAGCACCAGCAACAUCAACACCAGCACGUUGUCAUGAAGUCGAUGAUGGACCAGAAUCAGCUUGCGCUGGACCAACUAAACCAGCAGAUAAACAAUCUGAACAAUCUCAACAUGCAGCUGAACCAGAUGUCGAUGAACGAUCUGCCGCCACCGCCACCGAUACCGGAACAGCUAUCGCCCAAACAAUCACCACCAAAUGUGGCUCCACCGCCUCCACCACCACCACCGCCUAUGCUGGACGGUCCGUUAAGUCCUACGAAGGCACCACUAGCAAACGGUGAUCUAUACAAUAUGCCGAAAAUGCACCAACUGAAGAAGAUUCCUCCGCAAGAGAAGAUAACCUACGAUGAUCCGCGCAGCGAUUUAAUGAAGGCCAUUCGAGACGGUAUCAAACUGCGCAAGGUAGAGAAACAAAAUCACGAAGCGAAGGAAAACGAUCGCAACAAGGGCCUGCACGAUGUGGCCUCAAUAUUGGCCCGACGUGUCGCCAUCGAGCUGUCCGAGUCGGAAUCAUCCGAAAGCGACGACGAUAGUGAGGGCUGGCAGGAAACGAACGAAACGUCCGCAUGA